AGCCCACUUACUUGUACGUAUCGGGUACGUGUGCAGACAAAAUCACAGUGCGAUUUGAUCUCCCGUUGGCCUAUCCCGACACCGAAUGCUGUCAAGUAAUGGUCAGCAGUCCUUCUCUAGCCCGUGAGAUACACUCUCAUCUGCAAAGUCGAGUGCAGGAGUACAUGCAGCAGGAGGGGCAAAACCAUUCAGAUGGGCAACGAGCACUGGGAGUCUUUGAUAUAGUCACCUGGAUCACAGAACUGCUGCCGUCUAUUGCCGAGAUGGCGGAUGCGGCUGAAAUCGAGAAGAGGAUCGAGCGAGAGGUUGACACCAAGGCCGGUGGUGAAGAAGAUAAAUAUGUGAGACAGUGGAUGUUCUUCCAUCAUGUAUACAGCAAGACGAAACGAAUCGACAUUGUCGCAUGGGCGAAAGAGUUGGGUCUAAACGGAUUCUUGAAAAGCGGCAAACCUGGGGUGGUCUGUCUCGAGGGAAAUGACAGUGCGGUUCGAGAAAUGCUUGUGAUUAUGGGUGGAUGGAACUGGCAGAUAAUCAAACGCAAAGAGUGUCACGUGAUCUCCAACAGCAUGGAGAGCACAGGUCUUCAGGCCUGUUUCUCAGGGGAAGGAUUUCUCGAGCUUAAAGAGAGGGAUUGUGGACUGGUUUUAGAAUGGCUCAAUACAAAAUCAUUAGGAACCGAGUUUAUGGCCACAUUAGGGCUGUCGUAUGUCCCUUGA